AUGCAUGCAAUUACUUUCUCGUUCUCGCGAAGCACUAAAGACGCUAAGCAGUGCUGCGUUUCUACAGCACUAACUUCAGAAUUUCGGGGGUAUCGCUCCGACACGAGAGCACACCCUGGGCACACGGACAAUCUGCGAGGCGUGUGGAUCUCAGGGCUGUUACACAGCUGUAAAUCACCGCGGUUUUCACACAGACACUUCACCCCAAACACCGUCUGCUGGAGGAGCUGCCUUCAAGGCUUUGUACAACACCCCUUCACCCUGCCAGACCCUGACGCAGGGAGAGGCAACAGAACGAACACGAGGGUUUUUACCACGAGAAAUAAAGACUCUGCAAGCUGCGAAAGCAGAGCGGGGAGCAGCGCUGAGGCUGCAGAAACUUUCCGGGGACGGGGCAAAGAGGCGCGCAGCGCGGGGACGAGGAGCGGGACGACGGGCGCGAGCUGCCCCGGGCAUCUCCUCACGCCUCGAGGCGCAGGUGAAGCGGCUCUCGCCGGCCCGCUAUGCGACCGUCCUAUUGGGGCGCGCAGCUGUUGGUCAAAGGGGUGGCGUCUCUCAUUGGCCAGUGGUGUAGCGAUCACGCCCGCCUUCUCUCGCCCAGCGCUUCGAUUGGUUAAGUGGAGAUGUCACUCUCUCCCGGCAGCCGGAUGCCUAUUGGCCACCGCAAGAGCCUCCGCCCCCGAGCAGCAGCCUCCCGCGUCCCAGGGAAGUUUUCCGUGCGCCGCAGCGGAUUGUCUCGGCUCGCCGUCCUUCUGUAACCUAAGCGGUGCUUGCUGCGUGUUCCUUCAGGCUGACGCUGCCCUGCGCAUCAGGAAGCGCAUCGCAGCCUUCCAGCCUCCUCAGCAAGGCGAACUCCUUUCACCGAGAGUAUUCCUGCCCCGGACCCAUCACGGCCAGAAGCUUCUGCUCACCUUUCUUGUUGGGAUUCGGCCUAAGACCCCCGCUGGCGUUGCUGGUUCCUUCGGAAGGGACCUGAGUGCCAUUGAAUCUAAUAGAGAAAGCAUGCUAAAUAAAUAAAUAAAUAAAUAAAUAAAUAUAUCUGAUUGCUUAAA